GGGACGGACGCGUUAGUGAGUGAGUGCUGCCUAUCAAAUAUACUACAUGUACGUGUCUUCAUGCACACAGUCAACAACAAAACAUAUAUAUGCCUCACAUCAAGAUAAAGACCAUCACGCCACACCGACACCAACCGCACAAAAGAUCGACGUCAUUGACAGCCUCUCACAUCUACGCCCCCUUGAUCCUCAGAAGCUCCUCUUUCUUGUCCUUGACCAAUGCCUCCAGCAUGUCAAUCUCCGCCUGCAGAGCGUCCGCCCUCUCGUAAUAGACGCCCUUCUCAGUAAUCACGGGAUAAAUGCCCUUCUCAUUGUGCACCUCCCGGCCGUCACAGGGCGGUGUGAACACACAGACCAGUUUGCAGCCGUCAGGGCCGGCGGUCACCGAGUGUCUGUCGUGCUGGUCAAGCAGGUAGGCCUCCCCCGCACCAAGGGCGUGUGCCUCGCCGGUCUGCUUGUCAGUCACUGUGCAUGAGCCGCUGUAGAUGAGGCAGGCUUCGAUGUGGUUGGCGUAGCUGCAGCCAUCCAUCCAUCCAUCCAUCCAUCAUUCGGUCGGCACAAUGAAUGAUCCAUCUCCAUGUGCUGCAGCCGAGCCGGCCGCCUGUGUUGGCUGGCUGCUCACUUACUGUAUGUUGGUCUGCGUGUUGGGCGCCACGUGAGUGUCAUGCAGCGAAAAGCUCGUCCCGUCCUGAUCAUAUAUCCAUGAGCCAGCCAGCAAGAUCCAACUUUGUGUGCAUCAGGCAGUCCAGUCAGUCGGUGAAUGGAAUGGCGUCUAGUCUUGCCUUUCGGACGAAGUAUCGUCGGCUUUCCCAGUUGGGGCCUUUCGCCCACAGGCCGAGGUCACCCAACUCAGACAACCGGCGGAUCUUCAUCACAUCACCGGUCGGCAGAUCUGCAGCCACUCCAACAGCUGCAGAAGUGUGAACGACUGAGGAGGUGUUCCCAAAAGAACCAAUAUAUUG